AUGACCCCGAUGGAUUCUGACCUCACUGCGGGCGUGGCAGAUUACCUAAGAAUCUUCUGCACCACCUUGUAUGGAGGUACCUUCGAUUUGGAUUCCAGUAUGCAAAGGUACCUUUCCACCUUCCUGUCUUUCCCCUGCCCCUCGGCAUCCCCUCUCCGUCAGGAAACGAGCUUUCAUUCAGCGUUGACGCAUCCUGACCGGCUCCUUGAGUUGAUCGAAGCCUCCAACGAAAUCGUCGAGUCUUACAAGCCUAGUUCGACAGACCACAAAACUGCCAACAUUCUGCAAUUAUUUCUGAAAUUUCUCUCCAAGCAUGGACAACUGGAGUUAAUGCUUGACAUCGAGACUAUUGGCCGGGACGACGCCAAACUCCAGCUCCUGGCAAAGCAUCUAGUUGACGCCAUCUUGAAGCCCAUGAAACUUGCUGGGGGUGUCAAAUCUGACGCAUCGGCUACCUCAUCGCCUGUCCCAACUAUCGCAGACGCUAUCGCCGACUCAUCGACUCAACUUAGACCCUUAAACGGACACAGCCUGGAGACCGUGAAGGCGCACUGCCUGCAGCGUGAUGGAUUUCGCUGCACCUAUAGCCACAUAUUCGAUCGCCGAAGCGCUUUCGACAAAAAGGUUGUCCCGCCUGCUGAUGCGUUUGUGCAAGGAACACAUCUCACGCACAUUCUUCCGCUCGGCCUUGGAAAGUUCAAUAAUGCGGAUGGAAGGCAAAAAAAAGCAAGCGAUGUGUUAUGGUUCGCGUUGUACCGCUAUUUUCCAGGGUUGAAGGGGAAAAUUGGCCCGGAAACCCUGAAUCAAUACCAAAACUUGAUCACCUUCGCUAUCGGCGUUCAUGCUACAUUUGAUGGUUACUUCAUCGCCUUCGACCCCCUCCCUCAGCAGAUGCAUCGCUACGAGAUCAAGUGGUUUACGCCCUGGCCAAUAGGUGGGGCUACGCCCCCUCAAGGACAUCAAGAUGUUAUGACACUGCCUUCAAAAGAUCCACGGUAUCCUCUCCCGGACCCUGAGUUCUUUAGAGCUCACUGCCAAGUGUCGGCGAUUCUUGAAGCAAGUGGGAUCGGAUACCGGAUUGAUACGGAGCUGGGAGCUGUUGAGGAGGACCCUGGAAACUUAGAUCCCGAUGGCUCAACUGAUGUUGGGUCCAUCUUACGUCAGAGAAUGCUAAUGGAUGUUUAG